AUGGCGCUGCGCCGCCUCCUGCUACCGCCUCUGCUGCUGUCGCUGCUGCUGUCGCUCUCGUCCCUGCACCUGCCGCCCGGCGCAGACGCCGCCCGCGGCCGCGCGGCUAACCGGACCCUUGGCGCGGGAGCCGUCGGGGGUCGGCGUUCCGGAGGUGCCCUAGCCCGCGGCGGCCGCGAGCUGAACAGCACCGCCCGGGCGUCCGGCGUCCCGGAGGCGGGCAGCCGGCGGGGACAGUCCGCGGCGGCGGCAGCGGCGGCGGCGGCGGCCAGCGCGACCGUCACUUACGAGACGUGCUGGGGCUACUACGACGUGAGCGGCCAGUACGACAAGGAGUUCGAGUGUAACAACAGCGAGAGCGGCUACCUGUACUGUUGCGGUACCUGCUACUAUCGCUUCUGCUGCAAGAAGCGCCACGAGAAGCUGGACCAGCGCCAGUGCACCAACUACCAAAGCCCCGUAUGGGUGCAGACGCCCAGCACCAAGGUGGUGUCGCCGGGGCCGGAGAACAAGUACGACCCGGAGAAGGACAAAACCAACUUCACCGUCUACAUCACCUGCGGGGUGAUCGCCUUCGUCAUCGUGGCGGGCGUCUUCGCCAAGGUCUCCUAUGACAAGGCCCACCGCCCCCCGCGAGAGAUGAACAUCCACAGGGCUCUGGCUGACAUCCUAAGACAACAGGGACCAAUCCCCAUAGCACACUGUGAAAGAGAAACCAUCUCGGCCAUCGAUACCUCUCCCAAAGAGAACACGCCGGUCCGAUCAACCUCCAAAAACCACUACACUCCUGUGCGCACAGCUAAGCAGACUCCAGGGCAUUAUGGGAAGGAUGCUUACCGAAGUGGAGGACCAGAUCUCCAUAACUUCAUCUCAUCUGGAUUUGUCACAUUAGGAAGAGGACACACGAAGGGUGAUCGUCAGUACAACCAUCCAAUCUUAAGCAGUGCUACCCAGACCCCUACACACGAAAAGCCACGGAUGAAUAACAUCCUGACAUCGGCCACCGAACCCUAUGACCUCUCCUUCUCACGCUCUUUCCAGAACUUAGCCCACCUGCCUCCAUCAUAUGAAUCUGCAGUAAAGACCAAUCCAAGCAAGUACUCAUCUCUGAAGAGGCUAACUGACAAGGAAGCUGAUGAGUAUUACAUGAGGCGGAGGCACCUGCCAGACCUCGCAGCCCGUGGCACCCUCCCCCUCAACGUCAUCCAGAUGUCUCAACAGAAGCCGCUGCCUCGAGAACGGCCACGCAGGCCCAUCAGGGCCAUGUCCCAGGACAGGGUCCUGUCCCCACAGCGGGGCUUGCCUGAUGAAUUUGGCAUGCCCUAUGACCGAAUCUUGUCUGAUGAACAGCUGCUCUCCACAGAGCGCCUGCACUCCCAGGACCCGUUGCUAUCCCCAGAGCGGACGGCCUUCCCGGAGCAAUCACUGUCGCGGGCCAUCUCGCACACGGACGUCUUUGUGUCCACGCCAGUGCUGGACCGCUACCGUAUGACCAAGAUGCACUCCCAUCCCAGUGCCUCCAAUAACUCCUAUGCCACCCUGGGCCAGAGCCAGACGGCAGCCAAGCGCCACGCCUUUGCCUCCCGCAGACACAACACAGUGGAGCAGCUGCACUAUAUCCCGGGCCACCACACUUGCUACACAGCCAGCAAGACCGAAGUGACCGUGUGA